GUUGUAUUAUUGGUUAGUAUCAUUUGUGAUAUUAAGUAAUAAAGUGACUGACAAAAUAAAUUCCCAAACGCUAUGAAACUUUUGAUUUUCUUCCUUUUGCAAGUGUUCACGGUUUCUUUUACCAAAGAAGUUGUCGAAUCCGAAAAUCAAGGCGGUAAGGCUUGCUACAUUGGACCGAUUGCAUAUCCACCACCAGAACCGAAAGAAUGUUUCGAUGAAAAUGAAAUUUUUACCUGUGCUUUUGGAGAAUUGAGAUGCGAUGGUUUGGGAUAUUGUGGAACACCGCCAUGUACUUGGAGGUGUUGGUGUCGAUCUGGUUACAAACGUCAUCAAAAUGGAUCUUGUGUAAGGGUUUGUAAGUUUACUGCUGAUCCAGUUGAUCAUCAAAAUGCUUAGAAUUUAUUUAAGAAAAGAAAUCUUUAAUGAAAAUUGUCUGCAAUUCUCAAUGAUUUAAAUAAAAUAUAAAAGAAAUUUCCUUAAUUUCAAAUAACAAGA